AUGAUAAAUAGGAAUGAAAAGGAACAAAAUGGUUUCCUGCCUGAGACUGUUGAGUUAGAAGUCAUCAAGCUGACAGCUGUACCACAGAGAUCAGUUGAACUUGAGACUGGUACGUUAGAAGUCAUCAAGCUGACAGCUGUACCACAGAGAUCAGUUGAACUUGAGACUGGUACGUUAGAAGUCAUCAAGCUGACAGCUGUACCACAGAGAUCAGUUGAACUUGAGACUGGUACGUUAGAAGUCAUCAAGCUGACAGCUGUACCACAGAGAUCAGUUGAACUUGAGACUGGUAUGUUAGAAGUCACCAAGGUGACAGCUGUACCACAGAGAUCAGUUGAACUUGAGACUGGUACGUUAGAAGUCAUCAAGCUGACAGCUGUACCACAGAGAUCAGUUGAACUUGAGACUGAAGUCCUCAAGCUGACAGCUGUACCACAGAGAUCAGUUGAACUUGAGACUGGUACGUUAGAAGUCAUCAAGCUGACAGCUGUACCACAGAGAUCAGUUGAACUUGAGACUGGUACGUUAGAAGUCAUCAAGCUGACAGCUGUACCACAGAGAUCAGUUGAACUUGAGACUGGUACGUUAGAAGUCAUCAAGCUGACAGCUGUACCACAGAGAUCAGUUGAACUUGAGACUGAGAUCAGUUUGAAACUUGAGACUGGUACGUUAGAAGUCAUCAAGCUGACAGCUGACCACAGAGAAUCAGUUGAACUUGAGACUGGUACGUUAGAAGUCAUCAAGCUGACAGCUGUACCACAGAGAUCAUUUGAACUUGAGACUGGUACGUUAGAAGUCAUCAAGCUGAUAGCUGUACCACAGAGAUCAGUUGAACUUGAGACUGGUACGUUAGAAGUCACCAAGCUGACAGCUGUACCACAGAGAUCAGUUGAACUUGAGACUGGUACGUUAGAAGUCAUCAAGCUGACAGCUGUACCACAGAGAUCAGUUGAACUUGAGACUGAAGUCAUCAAGCUGACAGCUGUACCACAGAGAUCAGUUGAACUUGAGACUGGUACGUUAGAAGUCAUCAAGCUGACAGCUGUACCACAGAGAUCAGUUGAACUUGAGACUGUGGCAUGUGUAGAAGAGUCUGAACUCGUCAGGCCUCAGGACAACAUCACUGAGGCACACGUGAAGGGCCUGACGGCUGACAAGGGCAGCGAGGCCAAGCUCAUCUCCUGGAGCAUUGAGGACUUCACUAACAAGGGUGAUAACUACGCCACCAUAGUUACUAGCGUGAGUGUCCAGUUCUCACUACUGGGAAAAGAGCAAUCUUCGUCUUACGUGGUCAAGCUGAAUCCAAAGCGGCCAACUAAUAAAGAAUUUUCUGUUUUUUCUCUUUUACUUUUCAAGAAAGAGGUAGAAUUUUUUGAAGAAAUUCUCCCCUUGCUGAAUUAUGAGCUGACAGCUGUUGGUCUUAGUCCCUUGAGGCUAGCUAAGUGGUUUUAUACCUCUUUAGAGAAAGGAAAGGAGAUGAUUUUCGUGGAAGAUCUCCGCUCACGGGGAUUUAAAUUGUUUGACCGCAAGAAGAGUAUGGGUGUGGCUCAUGCCACUCUCAUCCUGCAGGAGCUGGCCAAACUUCACGCAGCCUCCUUCCUCCUACAGGCCAGGUUUCCCACACAGGACCUGGCGGACAGGUUUAAGCAUAUUAAAUUUGACUGGUUGAUUUCCCCAGAAUCACCAAAAAAGAUGUUCUAUGACAUGUUUUCGGGGCAGUUUUCGGCUGCUGAGCAGAUGCUGCAUAACAUAGAAGGCUACGCGGUAGCCGAACAGUGGUUGGCCAAACACAAAAAUAAUUUCUUUGAUCUUAUUGACAAUCAGUUGGCCAGAAAUUCCAAGUUUGAUGCCAUAUGCCACGGUGACUGUUGGAACAACAAUGUUCUCUUCAGGAAUAACGCUGAAGGUGAUCCCAUUGAGGUGAUGCUCCUUGACCUCCAGCUGAAUCGUAUUGCUUCCCCGGCCACAGACCUCAAUUACUUUCUCUACACCAGUCUCCACGGCCACAAGAGGAAGGCCAACUUGCAAGGCUUCCUCUCCUCCUACUACGAAGCAUUUCAAGAGGUGAUGACGGCCGCUGAAAAGGAUAUACCAUUUUCCCCAAGGAGCUUUGUCAGGAGUACAAAGACAAAAUUAUUUUUGGCAUUCUCUCCUCUAUAUGCUGAUCAAAUGGAAAACAAUCCGCUGUUUCGAUCUCGUUUCCUCGCCAUAUUUGACGAACUAGUGGAGCGGGAAGCUCCUGUGUCAAAGAAACUCUUCAGCGAGGAACUAAAAUAAAUCGUAAAUUAUAUGCGUU